UGCUUUCCCCGCAAGCCCCCAUCUCUUCCCUUCCCCCCCGCCUUAAAUGGUUCUGGCCGCGUUUAAAGGGCUCAGACCGACUAGGGCGGGAGCAGACGCCGAGCAACAGCGGCUGCUGGAGACGGAGGCAGAGUGCGAGUGGCAGAGGAAGCAGCUGUGUGAGUCAGAACAAAUUAUUCCCAUUUUGCAGACUGGCAAAACUGAGGUCAGGAUCACCCUGCUAAUAAAUCCAUGGCAGUGAAGUGAUUUUGAACCCAGAUCUCCAGGGUCAAAGCUGCAUCUGAUGGACCACACUGAAAUGCAAGUGUAACAGGCUGGAUGAGCUGCCUGUGUCUGGCCCUGUCUGACCCCAGGCAACUCCCUGGUGAUCAUGUGGCGGCUGCUGCUUGCCACCACCAUCACCGCCACAGUCCUCCUCUUCUCACCGCCACUCGUCUUGGGCAUCCUACCCUCGCGCGCCACCUUUACCGUCUCAGACAUGUCCCUCACCCACCUGGCUGUUCACCAUGACAUGGGUGAGGUCUACCUUGGUGCCAUCAACCGCAUCUACAAGCUCUCUGCCAACCUGACCCAGCUGCGGGCUCACACUACGGGACCGGUGCCGGAUGACCCCCGUUGCUACCCUCCACCCGGUGUGCGGCUCUGUACUCACCGGCUGGCCCCUGCCGACAACAUCAAUAAACUACUGCUGAUUGACUAUACUGGCAAUCGGCUGGUGGCCUGUGGCAGCGUCUGGCAGGGGGUGUGCCAACUCUUGCGGCUAGAUGAUUUGGCAAAGCUGGGUGAGCCGCACCAGCGCAAAGAACACUACCUUUCUGGAGGGCGUGAGCCAGAUGCUAUGGUUGGCGUGAUUGUGGAGCACCCUCGGCAACCCAGCCAGUUCUUUGUAGGCACGUCCAUUGGAGGGCGCUCAGAAUACUUCCCCACCCUCUCCAGUCGCCGCCUGACUCCUGAUGCAACCAGUCCAGAUAUGUUCAGCCUCGUUUACCAGGACGAGUUUGUCUCCUCCCAGAUCAAGGUGCCUUCGGACACCCUUUCGCUCUACCCAGCCUUUGAUAUCUACUAUGUGUCGGCCUUUGUCUCUGGGGGCUUUGUAUAUUUCCUCACCUUGCAGCUUGACACGGCCCAGACGCCCCUGGAGCCAGCAGGAGGGCCCGGGGGCCCUGGUGUGUCUGGUGGGGAGCGGUUCUUCUCAUCCAAGAUUGUCCGUCUGUGUGCCAAUGACACUGAGUUCUACUCUUAUGUGGAAUUCCCCCUGGGCUGCUCCAAAGAUGGUGUGGAAUACCGCCUAGUUCAGGCCGCUCAGUUGUCCAAGGCGGGUCGCCAGUUGGCCCAGUCGCUGGGUAUUGCUGAGGGACAGGAUGUGCUCUAUGCUGCCUUCUCGCAGGGCCAGAAGAACCGUGCAGCACCACCCCGUGAGAGCCUUCUCUGCCUUUUCACGUUGGAUGAGAUCAAUCAACGGAUCCGCGAGCGCAUCCAGUCAUGCUACCGUGGCGAAGGGCGACUUUCCCUACCAUGGCUUCUCAACAAGGAGCUCCCUUGCAUCAAUACGCCCAUGCAGAUCAACGGGAAUUUCUGUGGGCUGGUGCUGAACCAGCCUCUAGGGGGUCUGCAGGUCAUCGAGGGAAUCCCAUUGCUGGAGGAGAAGGCUGAGGGCAUGGCUAGCGUUGCUGCCUACACCUAUCGAGGCCACUCAGUGGUCUUCAUUGGAACCCGUGCUGGCAACCUCAAGAAGGUGCGUGUAGACAACCCGGAUGAGGCCCAUCUCUAUGAGUCUGUGCCCGUGAUGCCUGGAGAGCGCCUGCUGCGUGACAUGGUCCUGAGUCCUGACCAGCGACACCUCUAUUUGCUCAGUCAGAGACAGGUGGUGCGACUUCCAGUGGAGAACUGUGAACAGUACUUGUCUUGUGCUGAGUGUUUGGGUUCGAGAGACCCACACUGCGGCUGGUGUGUCCUGCACAACAGGUGUUGUAGGGAAAGUGACUGUCCUCGUGCUUCAGAGCCUCACCGUUUCACAGCAACUCUGAGUCAAUGUGUGCGGCUGCACGUAGAGCCCAAUAACAUCUCUGUGACGGAGCCCAGUAUUGUGCUGCAGCUGACUGCCCACAAUGUCCCAGACCUGACCGCAGGUGUGACCUGUUCCUUUGAGAGCCUUGGAGAGAGUGAGGGGCAACUCCAGCUAGAUGGAGGGAUCCGCUGUCUUUCUCCUACACUGAGGGAUGAGCCUCCUGGGGAGACUGGUGAUGUCCGCACUGUUAGACUCCAACUCCUCUCCAAAGAGACCGGCAUGGAAUUUGCCAGCACAAAUUUUGUCUUUUAUGACUGCAGCUUUUUGCGCACGUGCCUGUCCUGUGUCAGCAGCCACUACCCCUGCCACUGGUGUAAAUACAGACAUGCUUGCACCCACAAUGUGGCCAAGUGCUUCUUCCUGGAAGGGCGAGUCAACGCUACUGAGGGUUGCCCAGAACUGCUCCCGGGCGGGGAGAUCUUGAUACCAGCAGGAGUAUUUCAGCCCAUUACUCUGCGUGCCAAGAACCUUCCUCAGCCUCAGUCAGGCCAGAAGAACUAUGAGUGCGUUCUGGGCAUCCAGGGCCGCCAGCAGCGUGUCCCAGCCGUACGCUUCAACUCAAGCAGUGUACAGUGCCAGAAUACCUCGUACUCGUACGAGGGUGAGGAGCUGGGAGAGCUGCCGCUGGCCUUUGAUGUCAUCUGGGAUGGAGACUUCGCCAUUGACAAGCCGCCAGGGUUCAAAGCUCUGCUGUACAAGUGUUCAGCCCAGCGCUCCAGCUGCGGUCUCUGUCUCAAGUCAGACCCGCGUUAUGAGUGUGGUUGGUGUGUUCCUGAGCGCCGUUGCCUCCUUCGCCCUCACUGCCCUGCUCCCCGUCAGAACUGGGUGCCACCUGGCCGACGAGGGGCCCGCUGUGCCCAUCCCCACAUCACACAGGUAUUACCACUGACUGGCCCCAAGGAAGGUGGGACACGGGUGACAGUUUGGGGCGAGAACCUGGGGCUUCAUUUCGUCGAGGUGGGAGUGCGUGUGGCUGGUGUGCGCUGCAGUUCCCUCCCUGCUGAGUACGUCAGUGCUGAGAGAUUGGUAUGUGAGCUGGAGCCAUCACUGCUGCCUGACCCUCCGCCUGGGCCUGUGGAGCUCUGUGUAGGUGAUUGUGGUGCUGACUAUCGGACCCAGUCGGAUACUCCCUUCACUUUUGUGACCCCAAGUUUUCAUGGGAUAGACCCAGAACGAGGCCCUGCCUCAGGUGGAACAAAAAUCACCCUCCUGGGGACCCAUCUGGAUGCUGGGAGCAAUGUCAGUGUUGCCAUCCGUGGAGCACCAUGUCGGCUGAUCAGGCGUAGUGCAGCAGAAAUUGUCUGCCUGACUCCCUCCUCAGCAGUUGGCCCAGGCCCUGCUAAUCUUAGCCUACGCAUUGACCGGGCUAACAUCAGCAUGAAUGGCACCAUCUCCUUCCGCUACAGUCCUGACCCAGUCAUCACAACCAUAGAACCUGCCUGGAGUAUUGCCAAUGGAAGUACCAGUCUCACAGUGAGCGGGACCCACCUGCUGACAAUCCAGGAGCCACGGGUUCGAGCUGCCUAUGGGGGAAUAGAAACCAUCAAUAGUUGCCAGGUGCUAAAUGAGACAGUGAUGUUGUGCAAGGCCCCAGGCAUUGUGCCUGGCGAGCAAGCACUGCCCCUCGGAGGUGCUCACCCUGAUGAAUUUGGCUUCCUCUUGGAUGAUGUGGCUGCCGCACGGACUCUGAACCGCUCAGCUUUUACUUACUACCCGGAUCCCAGCUUUGAAUCAUUCGGUCCCAGUGGCAUCUUGGAGAUCAAACCCGGCUCCCAUGUUGUCCUCAAGGGCAGAAAUCUCAUCCCCGCAGUGUCAGGCAGUGCACGGCUCAACUAUACAGUGCUGAUUGGUGGAGAGCCCUGUACCCUGACUGUGUCGGAGACCCAAUUACUAUGCGACUCACCAAGCCAAACUGGAGAGCAGCCAGUCACGAUCCUUGUGGGAGGCCUGUCUUUCUCGCCUGGGACCCUACACAUCUACCCUGAGGCAGCCCUGCCUUUGCCAGCUCUUGUUGGGUUAGGUGCAGGAGGAAGCCUGCUUCUGGGGGCUAUCAUUGGGGUGCUGGUGGCCUAUAAGCGGAAGACACGAGAUGCUGACCGCACCCUGAAACGCCUGCAGCUGCAGAUGGACAACUUGGAAUCUCGUGUGGCCCUGGAGUGCAAGGAAGCUUUUGCCGAGCUCCAGACAGACAUUAAUGAGCUGACGAACAACAUGGAUGGAGUGAAGAUUCCCUUCCUGGACUAUCGGACAUACGCAAGGCGUGUGCUGUUCCCAGGUGUGGAUGAGCACCCGGCACUGCAGGAGACCAGUACUCCACCCAGCACAGAGAAGGGCCUCCGUCUCUUUGGGCAGCUGCUACACACACGACCCUUCCUGCUGACCUUCAUCCACACCCUGGAGGGCCAGCGUGGUUUCUCCAUGAGGGACCGAGGUGCUGUGGCCUCUCUAACUAUGGUGGCCCUGCAGGGCAGGCUUGACUAUGCUACUGGAGUACUCAAGCAGUUGCUGGCUGACCUCAUUGAGAAGAACCUGCAGAACCGUGCCCAUCCCAAGCUGUUGCUCCGCCGGACGGAGUCAGUUGCUGAAAAAAUGUUGACUAAUUGGUUUACUUUUCUGCUGCACAGGUUCCUCAAGGAGUGUGCUGGAGAGCCGCUGUUCAUGCUUUUCUGUGCCAUCAAGCAGCAGAUGGAGAAGGGCCCAAUAGAUGCCAUCACGGGCGAGGCACGCUACUCGCUGAGCGAGGACAAACUUAUUCGCCAGCAGAUCGAUUACAAGACCUUGACACUGUUCUGUACCCCGCCUGAGCCACCUGGAGGCCCUGCAGUACCCGUCAAGGUAUUAAACUGUGACUCAGUGACCCAAGUAAAGGAGAAGCUUCUGGACGCUGUAUACCGAGGGGUGCCCUAUUCACAACGCCCACGUGCUGAGGACAUGGAGCUGGAGUGGUGCCAGGGUAGUGGAGGCCGGAUUGUCCUGCAAGAUGAGGAUGCCACAAGCAAAAUCGAGGGAGACUGGAAACGUCUCAACACACUAGGGCACUAUCAGGUAACAGAUGGCUCUGCAGUGGCCCUGGUUCCUAGACAGGCUUCAGGCUACAAUAUUGCAAGCUCCUUCACUUUCACCCACUCGCUGAGUCGCUAUGAGAGUUUGCUGCGCACCUCCAGCAGCCCAGAGAGCUUGCGCUCACGAGCCCCCAUCCUCACGCCCGACCAAGAUUCAGGCACCCGCCUCUGGCAUCUGGUCAAGAACCACGAGCAUCUUGGAGACCCCAAGGAAGGAGAACGGGGAAGCAAGAUGGUGUCCGAGAUCUACCUCACCCGUCUCCUUGCCACCAAGGGCACGCUGCAGAAGUUUGUAGACGACCUGUUUGAGACUGUGUUCAGUACAGCACACCGGGCCAGUGCUCUUCCCCUGCCCAUCAAGUACAUGUUUGACUUCCUGGAUGAACAGGCAGAACGGAGGCAGAUUGGAGACCCUGAUGUUCGACACACCUGGAAAAGCAACUGCCUACCCUUGCGGUUUUGGGUGAAUGUCAUCAAGAACCCACAGUUUGUCUUCGAUAUCCAUAAGAGCAGCAUCACAGAUGCCUGCCUCUCCGUUGUGGCCCAGACAUUCAUGGACUCAUGCUCCACCUCUGAACACCGCCUAGGCAAAGACUCCCCUUCAACAAAGCUGCUCUAUGCCAAGGACAUUCCUGUCUAUAAAGGCUGGGUGGAGAGGUAUUAUCGAGACAUCACCAAGAUGGCUUCCAUCAGUGACCAGGACAUGGAUGCCUACCUUGUGGAGCAGUCACGGCAGCAUGCUGGUGAAUUCAACACACUAGGUGCACUAGGAGAGCUUUACAGCUACGUGGGAAGGUACCGUGAUGAGAUCCUGACAGCGCUGGAACGUGAUGCCGCCUGCCGGAAACACAAACUGAGGCAGAAGCUUGAACAAGUCGUCACUCUCGUUUCUGGGAACAGCUGAGAGUGCUGGGGGGGGCGAGGGGGCGAAGUGUGUGUGUCGGCGGGGGGGCAUGCAUCCAGGAUAGAUGCAUCGGAAAGGACUCUACCUCCAACCCUGACUUGUGGCCCCACCAAGGGUGACAGACUUGACCUUUUUAACCUCCCUGUGGGCAAGAGACCUGUGACCUUUGCCCUCCACGGCUGGAAUCCUGGGGUUACAGAAAGAGGUGGUGGUGCCCCUUGCCAACUUUCAGCCCAGAAGCAAUAACAAGCACCCUUUCCUCUGUAUCUGACUUGGGAGGGGCAACUCAAAGUGAGCAAUGGAGUUGGGGUGCAGCCAGAAAACCAACUCCCUCCCCCCUCAAGCUGGCAGCUAAAUAGAUAUCCCUCACCCCAAAUGUUUGUGGACCCCUCCCUCAAUCAUACAGACCACUCCCUAGUCCCCCACUCCUUGUUGGUAGCUGGUGGAAUUUUGCCCUUGUUCUGUUUUUUGGUAAUCAUGGCGAUUGGAUAUUUUUAAUCCUUACCUGACACCCCUGCUCACCCCCACCCCACCUGUUGUGCCCUCACCGGGUGCAGUGCCUUAUUCAUUAAUUUAUUAUUGCAUCUCGUUAAGGUUAUUGGCUGUAAAUGGUUCCAUUCCCUGGGUGUAGAGAUUUCAGUGUAAAAAGUCCUCCAUUUCCCCCUCAUCCUUCGAGUCUGUGUAAAUAUUUGCACUGCGGCCUGGAGGGAUUCAAUCCCCCACUCCUACCCAAAAAGAGAGAGAAGAAAAUCCCCCAUCGGGGUGAAGGAAGUGGGGUGAGAGAGGUCCCUGCAGCUGCAUGGGCUUUUUAUUGGUUCAUUUUAUAAUUAAUUUUUCUUUUGCUAAAUAAAAUCCUGGAAAAACGUU